AUGGCUAAGGCGUACGAUAGGAUGGAGUGGCUUUUUCUGGAGGGUAUGUUGAGGGCGUUGGGCUUUGAUAGAAGUUGGGUGGAGCUGUUAAUGGUCUGUGUCACGUCCGUGAAAUAUUCUAUAAUGGUGAACGGGGAAAUCGCGGGACAGGCGGAGGCACGUGGGGACAUCCAUGGUGUGCGGGUGGCCCGGGGAGCCCCGGCCAUCUCUCACCUCUUUUUUGCUGACGAUAGUCUAUUGUUUUUCAGGCCAUGUGAAAGGGAAGCGAAACAUAUAAAAGAAUGUCUUGAAAGUUACAGCUCGGCCUCAGGACAAUUAAUAAAUUUUGAGAAGUCCAGUGCAGUGUACAGCCAUAAUACUAGUCCGCCGGUUCGGGCCUUGGUCUCUGAAAUCAUAGGGGUUCCCGAGGCAACAGAUUUGGGGCGCUACUUGGGCCUUCCGUCGGUGGUGGGACGUAACAAAACAGCGGUGUUUCGGUGUGUUGAGGAGAAUAUACGGGCAAGAACGGGCACAUGGCAAAACAAACUCCUAUCUCGAGCAGGUAAAGAGGUUCUUCUUAAGAGUAUCGCUCAAUCGCUGCCGAUUUUUACCAUGUCUACUUUCCUGUUGCCUAUGCGCGUUUGUGACUCUCUGGAAAAGAUGUUUAACCGGUACUGGUGGGGCGGUGGCCGGUGGGGUUACAGGUAA